AUUAAGCUAUCAAUACGGUGUCAUCGGCAUAUAAUAGUGCAAAUAAUGCCAAAUACACAUCCAAAUGUUGUUCAAACAUAACUGAUAUAGUAGGUAAACCAAUUGACAUAUUUUGUUUGAAAAAAAUCUGUAGGUCAUUUAGAUAAAUUGAAAAUAAAAAAGAUGACAAGUUUUCACCUUGUCUGACACCAUUUUCACAAAAAAAUCAGUAGCGUUAAUAUCAUAGGCUAUUCUUGAUUUGAUUUGAUUAUACAUAUUCGAAAUAACAUUGUACAUAUUCCAGGUUUACCAAGCAUAGUCCAGCAGGAUAUGACAGGAAAAUUAGAUCAGACAAAGUUGUUUAUUUCCAUAGGAUCUACAAUGGUUGUGCUUUUCGUUGGCAUCCUAAUUUUUAGCGUGAUAGCAACGAGAAAAAUGCUCUUGAAAAAAAGACGCAAAGAACUCUUGCGCCUCCCUACUCUUCCGAGAACAGAUUCUAGUCCAUAUGAAACCAAAUUUACCUUCUCAAAUGAUCCGCACAGUAAUCCCGAUUAUGAAAUUGUUGAAGAAGAAGAGGAAAAUUAUGAAGAUUUGCAAGAACGAAGGGAAGAAAGCAAAACUACAAAUGACAAGGAGCGAAUGAGUGUAGAAUCUUACGUGGAUCCUAAACACCUAGAGGUUAACUAUCAAGAAGUAGUGCAUUCCUCAAAUGAGAAAAGUUAUGAGAAUGUUAAUCCCUACAUAGAGUUGAUAGAUGAUUCAGUUGAAAGCAUGGCUACAAGGGCAGAAAACGAAUCUCCAAUUGACAAAGAGCGAAUGAGUUUAGCUUCUUACUUGGAUCCUAAAAAUCUGGAGAGUAUUUAUCUUGAAGUAAUGCAGUCUUCAAAAAAGUAA